AUGGGUGCAAGUCAGAAAACAGAGGGCAAGGAGAGGGAAGCCAAGCUGGAAGGACACAUGCAGACAGUAGUGGUAAGUAAUGAAGGGGAGUUAAAGCCAGAGACUCCAAUUCAGGACCCAACACCACAAAUAGAGCAAGAGAGAAGUUGUGAUGGAGAUACCUUCAGUCAAUUAAUUAAAGAACCAAAUAAUGAUUUCAUAGACAAGACAUCCCCAGUGGCUACUACAUUAGUAACACCAGUAACAGGGUCUACUUCAAAUCUAACAAAGCGUUCAGGAUGGAAACUGCACAAGACAUUAGAUGGAAAUCAUUACAUGCCUGUGAAUUUCAGUAUCAAUGGGCAGACCUGCAUCCUCUUUUGGGCUAAAAGAAUAUCCAUUAAAUUCAAAAGCUACACCCACCUGGACCUAACAGAUGAAGACAUUGGUGCUAAUGCUGUAGUUGAUCUGAAGCAGUCAAACUGCAGUGAAGGAAGCGCUGUACUUUCUCUUAAAUUUGGUGAUGUCAGCACCUUUAAGGAUCUUGUCAUAAGGUUUGUGAUGUCCAGCACAUAUUACAAGUUAUCAGCACAAAAAUGGUUCAGGUUAGAUAAAGUGCACCUCAUAUUCAAUGACUCCUGGAGACAUACAUUUAAUGCCACAGACAUUUCUGCUCCAGUUACUGACUCUUACUACUGCGAACAUGUAAGCAGCCUCCAAAAGUACCGGGCACUGCUGGUUCCCAGCAAAAAGGAUGAUACAACAAAGUCAUGGCAGCUCACCUUUGCAGAUUUUCAGAUUCAAGGUUUUGGCGCUGGAGCAGAAGGGUUUUCACAUGCAAUGGCCUGUGCAUCAUUUUUCUCACCUGCCAUCUUGAUGGGUCUAGUCAUGUCUCUGAUACUGCUACUAGUACUCGCUUAUGUUCUCCACAUGAUAAUCCACCUGAAGUCCAUUGACAAAUACUACGAGUGCAAACCUUCAACAGCCUACUUCUCUGCAAAUAAGGAAAGUGACACAGAGGAUGAAAAAGAACCAUUAAGAAGCAAUACAGAACGUUACAAUCUUAAACACCAACCAGUUUGUAGAUUUUAUAUGCAGCAGUGCCCACAAAUUUCAAAUUAA